AUGGAUCAAGACCCGGGCAAGAAACUCCAGGUAGAUACCUCUGCCCUGGACAUGACCUACUGCCAGCCCUGCUCCCAAGAUGGGGAAACUAUCCCAGCCGAGGCAUUCUGCACUGUCUGCAAGGAGUUUAUGUGCUCCACAUGCACAAGCGUCCACAAGAAACAAAGAAUGUCAAAGUCCCAUAAACUUCUUGACAAGAGCAGCAUGCCUUCUACCAUGCGAGGUUUCACAACCAAAGAAGAGAGCACGCAACCUUGUGACAUCCACCCUGAAGAAUCCUUCAAAGAGGGCCAGGCUUAUAAAGCUGUCAAACAGGCUAUUGUCCAGUUACUGAAAGACAUUGAUGCCUGUGCAUCUGAUCUUAAUGUAAACACUAAGCUUGUAGAAGACCUUGGAGAACAUGAGAUUGCUAAGAUAAGAAAUUAUCGAGAUCAGAUCAACAAAUACUUUGAUGAAAGUGAACAGGCACUUCUUGAAACCAUUGCCGAAAUAAAAAACAUGGAUGAAAAGCUCCUUAACUCACUGAAACCAAAAUGUGACAACCUUAAGACCCGGGUAGGUGAAAUCAAAGCUAAACUAGCAGCCCAAGAGAACAACACUAGCCAGUUGUUUAUUGAGGCCCAUGUAUCCAAGAACUUGCUGGAUGGACUGCAAUUAAGUCUUGCUGAGAUUACAAAGAUGAAUAUGAUACAACAGUAUCAGAUUAGGAACGACCCCGCCACUGAAAGUUUGCUGGGUUCCAGGACUGGCUUGGGCACUUUCGAAAAAAUUGAUAUUUCAACAGGUCGAGACCAGAUAUGUGAGCGUUCGAGGAUGUCCACAACAAAAAAGGAAAGCAAGAAAAAUACUAAAACAUCUGAUCCUGCUUCCAACGUACAAGUAGGUAGCGACGAGAAUACAACUUCAUUUGAUGUUGCUACCAACAUACAAGCCGUUGGCGACAUCAAGGCUUCCCAAACAACCAAGAUGUUAUCGGCCAAUACAGUACCAGAACCACUUUUGAAUCCUAGUGGAACGCAAACAUCUGUCAAACCAAAGCAAAAAGCACAGAACAUAGUCAGCAAUGACCUGACCAACCUAAAGUUCACCACAGCCCCAGACAUCCUAGUCAAGCCUCGAUCAGACACUACGAACUGCUGGCUGCAAGACAUUUUCUUCUUGUCUGACGACAGGCUGCUUCUUACUGACAGAACAAAAAAAACAUUGAAACUGGUAAACCUCAUGAACAGCAGUCUGAUGACCGAGGUCAGUGUACCAGACGUGCCAUUUGGCAUGUGUCAUAUCCCUGGGGAUAUAGUGGCUGUUAGUUGUACUUAUAGUAUUCAGUUCUUAGAGACACGGGGGAAACUCUUUCUGGGCAAGAACAUCAAGGUGGAUGACGUUUGUUGUGGUGUUGGUUUCCAUAACGGUAGCUUAAUUAUUUCAUUCGAGUGCGGAAAGGUUCAGAAGAUGGAUAUGGAAGGGAAAGUGUUGAAGAAAAUACCAAAAAGGUCUGUUGAAACCCCUUUUUACUUGAAAGUAGUCAGUGACGAUCAGACAGCAGCCAUAUAUUUGUCCGAAAUGCACAAGUCCGAAAUCACUAAGCUGGACAUGAACUUGAACGUUCUCGAAUCAUUCAAGGACCCUGCACUAUUUGCACCAGCAGGCAUGACUGCAGUUGGAAACCAGCUGAUUAUCUGCUGUUUGGUAAGUAACAAUAUAAUGUGUCUGGACCUGCCAAGUGGCCAGAUGACCCAGCUACUUGGCAAGAUGAAAGGAAUAGACUCGCCACGCUGUGUCUGCUACAGUCAGCAGCAGAACAAGAUGUAUGUUGCCGUCUGGACACAAGGGAAUGCCGACAAUUAUGUAAAGGUGUAUAACACAACACCAACAUUGAAGUAGACAUAUUUUUUUUUGAAUUAGCAACGGGGUCAAGUAAACUAUUAAGCACUUACAUUUCAAUAGAACUACAGAAAGUUCGUAUAUAUAGUUAUGUACCCUGUGAUUGUUGGAAUAUUAUAAUAUAAUGUUAUAAAGAGAAUAGCUCAUAUUUAAUAGAUCUUUUUCUUUAACAAAAUAAACACGUUCAAUGACGUGAGACGUAUAUAUAUAAACACGUUCAAUGACGUGAGACGUAUAUCUAUAAACAAAUGUUCAAAUGAAUAUCUGCUUGUUGCUGGAAUAAUAAUAAUAAUAAUAAUAAUAAUAAUAAUAAUAAUAAUAAUAAUAAUAGCAAUGAUUGAUUAUGUGUUGUUUUUACUUGUAAUUUACUUGUCAUUAAGUAUCUGUUUUUAAACAUGUAAAAACAAACCUUCUAAUUUGGUCUCUAAAAGGAGGUUGUAUAUGUGUUUGCAACUAUAAUAUAUUUUAGUUUUAUAUACAGUUGUCCAAUUUAGUUUUUUAAUGUCAAUAUUUAAGACAAAAUCCA